AUGGCUUCAGGAUACCUGUUGCUGGUGCUGAUCGCCAGCUCUUCUGCCCUGGAAAAAUGCAUGAAUGACACGGAUGUUUUUCUCCAGGAACUCAGCCAGGACUAUCCAAAAGAUUUUGCCGUUGUCAUGUACGAUUCAUUUGGGAAGAUGGGAAGUAACGUAAGAGGAGGCAACCUCAACCGACCAGGCUUGAUGUCUGAAUGUCGCUCUGUCCACACGGCUUCCUUCUCUGGACAAUACUGCCAGGUGUUUCUGACUCAGGGAGAUUUAUUCUACUUUGUGGGGGUUUGUGUUCCUGACUCCUGCGACAAUAAAGAGGUGCACAUGUUGAUGCUCGAAGGGAGGCUGAAGUUUGGAGAGGUCUCCCUCAUUCCUCCUUUACCAUCUAUAUUCGUCAAUGAGUCGAAACUGGAAGUGAUGUCGACAUAUUGUUUGUCCAAAGCUGUUCAUCCUGACGCAGCUGGAAUCGCUUGUCUUGGUUUGUUAAGCGCCAAAAGUCUCCUGAGCUCAAUCCAGAGGAAUGAAGACACCAUGAGUCCACGUCUUGUGGCAGAUUUCUACUUCAAGAGGAUCAGAAGGAUACAGCCCCUCCACAUGUUUGUGUGCCUACCUUGGACAUGGUACCUAUCGCUGGACUUUCAGUGCUAUGCCACAACUCCUCUGCUGAUUCUUGCCCACAGAAAGAACAAAGUUGUAUUUGCUGUUUUGGUGGUCACCCUGCUGCUGAUGACCAUUUUGACUGGAUCUAUUUUAACAGCACUCCUGCAUCUACCUGUCUUUUGGUCAGAUGUUAUCACAACGCCAGAUUUUGGGUUGUUUUACUACCAAAAACCCUACUCCAGAUAUGGACCAUUUUUGAUCGGAAUUCUGUUCGGAGUGUAUCUGAAAAUAAGGAAGGCAACCCUUCUAAAGAAAAAGUGGCAAGCGGCUCUGGGAUGGAUAUGCUCUUUGUCUGUCCUGGCUCUGGUGGUGGGGUUGAGCUACGCCCUCCAGGACACACCAGACCAUCCAUCAGAACCACAUGCCAUAUACCAGGGACUACACAGAACCGCCUGGGCGACAGCUCUUACCUGGGUCGUACUAGCCUGUGAGGAGGGCUAUGGAGGUUUCAUCAUGAACCUACUUUCGCUGAAGUUCUGGCUUCCUCUUUCAAACCUCAGCUUCUCCUGCUACCUAAUUCAUCCCUUGGUUAUCUCCAUAUACAUUGGCCUGCAAGAAACUCCAAUACACUAUUUAGACAUCAACUUUAUGUAUUUGUUCGUGGGUCACGUGGCGCUGAUCGUUGUCCUGAGCUAUGUGGUGACAGUGUUGGUGGAGAGACCUUUCAUUCUUCUGAAGUGGAACUUAAUGGCAGUGCAGCUGGAAGUCAUUCCGCUGAUCAGUCUGCAAGCAUUUCUACACCAGGGUUCCACACUGUGCUGCCAGAUGGUCACUUCGAGUUCAGAUGAUCUCACUUGUGAACCACGAGGAGAUUUAUUCUACUAUGUGGGGGUUUGUGUUCCUGACUCCUGCGACGAUAAAGAGGUGCACAUGUUGAUGAUUGAAGGAAUUCUGUUCGGAGUGUAUCUGAAAACAAGGAAGGCAACCCUUCUAAAGAAAAAGUGGCAAGCGGCUCUGGGAUGGAUAUGCUCUUUGUCUGUCCUGGCUCUGGUGGUGGGGUUGAGCUACGCCCUCCAGGACACACCAGACCAUCCAUCAGCACCACAUGCCAUAUACCAGGGACUACACAGAACCGCCUGGGCGACAGCUCUUACCUGGGUCGUACUAGCCUGUGAGGAGGGCUAUGGAGGUUUUAUCAUGAGCCUACUUUCACUGAAGUUCUGGCUUCCUCUUUCAAACCUCAGCUUCUCCUGCUACCUAAUUCAUCCCUUGGUUGUCUACAUAUACAUUGGCCUGCAAGAAACUCCGAUACACUAUUUAGACAUCAACUUUAUGUAUAUGUUCGUGGGUCACGUGGCGCUGACCGUUGUCCUGAGCUAUGUGUCUCUCACCUUCACCAUUUAUUCUCUCUGUGCUGGGGACCAGAGCACCAUGCAGGCACCUGCCAACCAUGGCACACCAACAACCCCGAGUCCAACUCGAGGGCAGACUAUCAUGAGGACGACAAGCAGAGCGCAGACCCUGAGACCCUUUUCCAACAGCAGCCAGGGCUCCAGAUAG